GGGCGUUCCAGGAAGGGGCCUACCAACCGAGGCCUGGCGGGAAACACAAUUUGUGGGUACAGCUGCGGGUGACCGUCAACUGGCUUCUGCUGAAGGGGCCGUGGGAGCCCUGCCCCACUCGAGCCCGUGGAGCUGGGCCGCGCUGACCCGCCCGCCGUCUGUAGGGCGGCGGACCCUGACUUUCCCGGGCUAGGCCCUGACUCUGACUCCUCCGUACCCCUCCUCGACCAUGGCAGGUUAUCUGCGAGAACACUCCCCAAAGAAGGGACACCAUACUAGAUGAAUUCUGAGUUCCAAUCUGAACAUAAACCAUCAAGGGGCCUCUUUGUUCAUUUGCUUUUGUUUUGCCUACAGAACUACGGGGCGGCCUGAAAGACGCAGCGCGAUUUUGAUUUGUUUCUGAAUUAAUUUUCUGGAGGAAUAGCUCUGGGAGUGAUAGGAGGCAUUGUUCAUUAUGUCUCUCCGCAAAGCGUCGGGAACUUCCCUGAACUCCCCAUCAACAUCUGAGGUCAAACAGUCAAAACUGUCUGUAGUCAAGGAGGAGACAAGAGUCCUUCCUGAGCUGAAGGAGAAAAAAGUCAUGGUGGACCAUCUCAAACCCUUUCCUUCUUCCCUUCCGAAUGAAUUCAUCCCCGAGGAAGUUCUUCUCUCUCUGAACUAUGCAGCCAAUGCUGGUCCAUGUCCUGCAAACUUACUGCCUGCUAAGAAACUUAAAGCUCCAAAGGGUGCUCUUCCACGUAUUGUAGACCAUGUCUGGCAGCACCCUGUUCGAAGGAAUAAGUUCAAAUAUCUGAUUGAUCAUCCUGUCUCCGUAACAGCAGCUGGAAGGGAUAUUUCUUUUCUGUAUGAUGUUAAAUAUGAAAAAGGAGAGGCCAAGGAGAAGAAGCUUUGUCCCCCAGGUAUAAACAAGUCCCUAGAGCCCGAGGACAGUGCCAUGGUGCCUCAUAACAAGACAUUAGCAGACACUUUGGUCCCUGAAGAAUUUCAUAUUGUGUCAAAUACAGGAGUUUCGGGUUUGGAGUGUUAUGAUGACAAAUACACCACCCUCCUCACAGACAGUGAGAACAGGCUGUUGCUCUUCCCGUCCAUGAAACCUAAUAAGAGAGUAGAAGUGAUCCGGCUGGGUGAUGUGAUGGAUGCCAUGCUGGAGAGGGCUGGAGCAGAGACUGAGGAGUAUGUGGGGCCAACCAAGAUGCACAAACUACUAAAUGUGUUGAAAAAGGAACAGACCAUUUACAACACAGUAUUCCAUGAACUGAUUCGUCAAGUCAGCGUGGAUUGUGUAGAUAGAGGAGAACUACUAUCAAGAAUCAGAGAGAGAUAUGUGCAAAUGCUUGACCAAAUUGCCCGGCAGAUGAUUGAAUUCUACAAAGACUUCGUAACUCAGCGGAUGAUGGACCAGCGCAUCUUACAAGAACUGUAUAACUUCAAGAAUGUGAUUGAGGAGUUGACCAGGGAACUUUGUCUGGUUCGGGCCCAUGACAGAAAAUUAACAAAGGAUGCAGAGAAAGCUCAGAAGGAUCUGGCGGAAGCUCUUUUGGAAGCAGAAAAGAAUGCAAAAAUAGUAGAAGACUACCAUGACUUAUAUACAUUGCAGAGAGGACGGAUGGAGAAUGAUAUUAAACUCUUAAUGACAGAAAGAGACAUUUGGAGCUCAGCCACAUAUGAAUUGGCCCUAAAGGUAAUUGAAAGAAAUAGAGUCAUAAUGGCUAAAAAACUCUACCUCAGUGAAAAAGGCUGGAAUAAAUAUAUCAAGCAUUUCAUUAUAAUGCUGUCAACCAAGGACACUGCAGACCUUGCAGUGCUGCAGAAGUUAACAGAAAAAUGGAAAAGGUUAGUGAACAAAUAUAAGCAGGAUGUGGAACGCACGGAGGCUUCUACAAAGGACAGAGCGCAAACUGUGAAAACUGGGCUCCUCAAGUGGCAGGAGUUCUUCAAAAAUAACGUUGGAAAAGAGAUUGUAAGCCCUAAUAAGGGGAACCCGUUCGCUGCCGUCCUUCUUGACUUCAAGGAGUUUCAAAAGAUGCUGAAUGAGGAGAAAGACAAUUUUACAGGGGAUUUUUUGUUGGCCAGAUAUGACGCUCUCAAAGUGAUUAAACGCUUACAGGAAAACUGGACAGACAUUGGGUUUGGGAUAUUUAGUCGCCAUAAGAACAUGGAUGGGGUGUUACCCCCAGAGUACGAGUACAUGGAGGAAAUGCUAAAAACCAUAGGCAGGCUCUACAAGGAGUACGAAAUCAGGAUAAACGGUGACAACGGUAUCUCCAAAGUUCUUCCAAACUUGAUUACUUCUCUGGACAUAUGUUUUUUCAAGUUAGAAAACUUCCUAGAGUCUACUAGUAUGCCCCCUGAAGACUGGGAUGAACUUGAUGAAAAAAUCAAUGAAAUGAAGUAUCAGUUGGACACAUUGUUAAACAUUAUUGGUACCGUUCCACAAUACCUGGACAUGGAGUCUGGCGCGACACUCCAAAGUCAUAUAUUUGACAUGAUUCAACAAUGGCUUUUGAAGAUAGGCAAUGAAAUCACCAAUGGUAACAUUGAACUUCUUCGACACAUGGAUGAAUUGCAUAUAGCCAUGAUCAAGUGGAUGGUCAACUUGCUGACCAUAAUGCUUCCUGACUAUACUAACCAAGAGACUCUCCCAAAGCUGGAGGAGGAAGAAGUAGAGGCCCAGGAGCAACGCGAAGUGGGAAUCGCAGAACUAGAGUUGAAUGCCAUCUCACUGGCCAAGAAGUUGGCACAAUACUCCAGCUACUUGCACAGCUGCUGCAUAGGCAUGGUAAGGGCCAUGGCCCUGACUCGAGCCGCUCACUUACAGAAGAACCCUGCUAAGGACAUGCAGGAGCUGGAGAAGAUGAGGAGAGAAUGUUAUGAUUGGAUCAGCACAUGUUCGCACCUCCUUUCUAAUAUCAAAGGCAGGAAAAUGCGAUUACUGAACUACGAGGAAGCAGAGCAGCUGCUUGGGGAAGAGGAAGCUACGAAAAUUUAUUUUGACCCAGAAAAACCUUUCAUUGGUGAUGAUGAAGAUGAAAUUGAGAUGAAGGAGGAUGAAAUUCAAGAAAAGGAAGAAGUAAAAGUGAAGGAAGAGGCAGAAGUGAAGGAAGAGGCAGAAGUGAAGGAAGAGGCAGAAGUGAAGGAAGAGGCAGAAGUGAAGGAAGAGGAACCUUCAACAUCUACAGACAACAAACAAACCAUUCGAUACAUCGGGAAAGAUGAAAACGUUCAUUCCAAACCUCUGUUUGAAGAAGAUAUAUUUUCAUCCUGGAGGGAACCAGCUUACAAAGGUGUAUUGGAGCCAAAGUAUCUUGAAGUAAUGGCUGUCAUUGAACACAUGCAGGAGAAGCUUGUACAGAUUGACAGCAGAGCCAGAGAGGCGGAGGAGAAGUUUGAUGAUGUAAAUGAGAAACUUCAUCACACCCUCAUAAGAAACAGAGAUCUGGAGAAGGAAUUAGAAGAAAUGGCCAAGAAAAUCAGGAAGGAUUCACGAGUAAGAAUAGAAAGCCCCAAGGAGGAGGAAGAGGAGGAGGAAGAGGAAGAAGAAUCUGAACAAAAGGAAGGGAGCCAAGGAGAGGAACACAGACAUGGGAAAAAAUCCCCAAAACACUCAAAGAAAGAAGCACAGCCCAAGGAUGGUUCUUCUAAGUCUGGAACCCGGUCUAAAUCUAAGGCCAAAUCCAAAUAGCUUCCUAAGAGACCAGGGUUCACAGUGGCCAUGCCCCUGAACGUGCACAGAUAUGUGAGCUGUGGAGCUGACGAUGCAGCUCGCGUGGAUGGACUCCCUUAGCAACAGCCAUUAGAAAAGCCACACCAUCCAAGUCACCAACACUUUCCUUUAGAGGCACGGAGAGGCCACAGGGAGUCAGUACAUGAGUUUACUUGCCAGAUUAAAAACAGUUUAUACAAAAGUA